AUGUCCUCCUACAAGUACCCUGCUACCAACCCCGAAGCCCACGACGAGGCAGUCGUCGACAACAAGGCAAACAUUGACGAAACCAUGGAGACCAUGGGUUUCAUGAACGAGUACCUCAAGGAGCAAAUUCAGGAGAUGCGCCAGAACGCAGCCAAGGCCAACAAGGCGCGCAAGGCCACGAUUCUGGCGGAUGCCGACGUCGCCGAGCGCAUCCGCCUCGCGCAGUGGGAGCAGACUUGUGAGAUGGCUGCCCAGGCCGCCGCCAUGGCCGCGGAGAACGGCCGUCUCAGCGAGGCGUACUCGCAGAGGAACAGACAUAAGGCCCGAAAGUUUCGGAAAGGCACCACGAAAAUCUGCAUUUACUGCUACAAGCGUCAUUUCGAAAACGAUGAGUGUCGGCGUCACCUCGUCCUCGACGAGUACCCGGUGCUGUUCCCCCACCUCGACCACGACGGCCGCACGGCCAAGUCUCACGUUGACGCCCCCUAA